GUGCGUGUCGGUCACGGUCUGUCUGGGGCUUAGCAUCCGAGCUCAUUAACGAGGCGGCGUUUAACGUUAAAGAUCCUGUCCGCGUGCGCGUGGGUGGGUGAGUGUGUGGGCGGACAGUCUCGGUACAUCCCGUUCAGCCCCACAUCGUCGCCGUUACAGCCGGUAAUCACUCAGGUUGAUUGGCAGUAACACAGUCCUAUGAUGGAGGAGCUUCAUGACGUCCAGCUGACUGAGAUCAAACCUCUGCUGACAGGACAGAAUGGGAGGAACCUCCAGGAUUUUGAUUGUCAGGAACAUGACGUGGAGACGGCCCAUGGCGUGCUGCACGUCACCAUGAGGGGGGCCGCCAAAGGCAACCGCCCCACGAUCCUCACCUAUCACGACAUCGGACUCAACCAUAAGUCAUGUUUCAACAGCCUCUUUAACUACGAGGACAUGCAGGAAGUGACACAGCACUUCUCAGUUUUGCAUGUUGACGCUCCGGGACAGCAGGAGAACGCUCCCAUAUUCCCCACAGGGUACCAGUAUCCCACUAUAGAUGAGUUGGCCGAGAUGCUGCCAUCUGUCCUGACACAGCUUCACGUAAAGAGCGUGAUUGGUAUCGGCGUUGGAGCCGGCGCAUACAUCCUCACCAAACUGGCUCUGAAUGAGCCCAGUUUGGUGGAGGGUUUAGUUCUGAUCAACGUCGACCCCUGUGCCAAAGGUUGGAUAGACUGGGCUGCCUCUAAGCUGAGCGGCUGGACAAGCAACCUGAUAGACAUCAUCAUGGGCCAUCACUUCAGCACUGACGAGUUAACGGAGAACCAGGAAAUAAUCCAGACGUAUCGGCUCCACGUCUCUCAGGACAUACCUCAGGAAAACCUGGCCAUGUUCUACAACAGCUACAGCAGUCGCACUCAGUUGCAGAUGGAGCGACCUGUCCCUGGUCUGAAUGAAAACACAGCCACCACAGUCAGGUGUCCCGCUCUGCUGGUUGUUGGAGACUCAUCGCCUGCUGUUGAUGCUGUGGUGGAGUGUAACUCCAGGAUGAAUCCCACCAAGACGACCCUGCUCAAGAUGGCAGACUGUGGAGGACUUCCUCAAGUGGUUCAGCCUGGAAAGCUAGCAGAGGCCUUCAAGUACUUUGUCCAGGGGAUGGGCUACAUGCCCACGGCCGGGAUGACCCGGCUGGUUCGCUCCAGGACUCACUCGGCCUCCAGCGUGGGUUCCACAGACGGCGUCCGGAGCCGCGGCACCGCCAACGAGGGCGCCAACUGCGUUGGGCCUGAACUCGCUGCAGUGCACACCAUCGAAAUGACUACAUAGGACUUCCUGUUUCCUCUUUCCCCUCGGUUCUCUCCUCCUCCACUCAGAUCUUUUAGUUGUGAACGUUCUUCCUGAAAAUAGAAAGCCCUGAAAAGCUUCACUUCCAGCCGCUCGCUCUCCAAAUAUCUUCCCCGUGAGUUUAGGGUUUAGAUUUGAAUGAUGUCAUAAAUGUUUCGGUGUCAGCGGCUGCCAUGUUGGCUCUGUGGGUGUAACUGCACAUGGAGCUGAGGCGGUUCGUGUUCAUACACAGCUGCUGGAUUUCUUCACCGCUCUGGGCUUUUCCACAUUUUCUCUUCUCCUCCUUCACUUGUUUUCUUCUAUUAUUACUCCUCUUAUAUAAUCAUUAUUUUAUCUUUGGUGGUGGUGUAUGAAGCACGUUUCUUAAAUGAACCCUUAUCACAUACCCGUUACAAAGUAGAUGUUUCUGACCCAGAUGUAUUUUUAUAACCACUCGAAUCACAUUGACAGAAGAUCUGUGAUGUGAGUCUGACCUGAUUAACAACAGAAAGCAGCAUCAGGACCUCUGAGUUUCCCAGUUUCCCCAUUUCCCUCUGUGUUUCUGGGGUUUCAUCUGUUUCCCCCUGUAUUUCCUGUUUUUCCCUCUGCGUGCUGCAUGAAGCUUGAAUGUCAAGAAUGACUCAAACACUGUUUUGGAUAAAGGAGCCUUGAAUCUGUUACAAAUGCAUUACGUGAGAGCGACACAGUGGGACUGAUUGUGUGUGUGGGGUUAGGUUUUACUGGAGGAUUCAGCUGAAUUAAAUCUAAUAAACAGUAAAACAUGUAAAAGUGUGACUGGACUGGGAGGAUGUUUCAGACUUGCUGCCUUGCCUCAUAAAUCCUCUGAUGCUGUUUUUCUGAAGUUAAAACAGGGCACGUCUCCCUCUGCUUUUUUUUUCUGUGGCCAUGCAAAUAUUUGUGUCUGAACUCCAAGUGGAAAACCAAUUUCCAGCGAUCAUUUUUUUCCGUGUAGUUUAGCGACACACCCUGAAGUCAGCCCGUUACCUCGAUGGCUCCUCUUUUUGUUCCUGUACGCGGGGAUCAAAGGAGGCGCCGGGUUCGUCCGGCCCGUCGACAGCAUGCUCCUUGUAGAGUGUUGGCAUGCAAACUGUGCCGUGGUGUCAGUGUAGUGAGUUAUUCAGCUGUAAACCUGCUGCUCUCCACUCUGCUCAGGGCCUUGGUUUCUCUGGACUGAAGCUGGCAGCAUGGGGGCGCUGCUGAGUCCACUGUAAUGAGCUCAGACAAAAUGGUUUGACUGGGUGAAGAGCAGGAGACAUCCUUUUAACUAAUAAAACUACAACCAGAUACCACUUCGCUAACUGAACCUUUGCAAAACUUUCCUCAAAAUUUCCAGAAAAGUUGCUGUUUCCAAGAAAGCCUGACAUGAUGUGGGGCAAAUAUUUGGGAAAUGGAAAAGUUGGUAGAUGCUGCAGAUCCGUGGAAAAUCGAGUAACUGAGUUUUCAAGAAUGGAGAAAAAAAAAGUCCCUGGAUUCAGAUCAGAUUUGUCUGACAUGUUUUAUGGAAGUUCUUUUUCUAAAAACAAUGAUAAUUUUCACCACAAGGUGGCAGCACUUCAGAGUUUUAGUGAGUUUGUCCCUCAGGCCAGAAUCCGUCUGCUGAGUAUGAUAGAAACAUGAAUUCUGUAUAAACGUGGCACUUACAGUUAACAACAGGUCGUGUUUGGCUUUCUUGGAUAUGUCCCGGAGCUUUCAGCGGAUUUUAAGGAAAGUUCUCUCGGAAUACGAUGGGAAAUUCAGAAGCUGUGAGACGGACUCGUUUCCUGUGUUUGGCCGCAGUGACUCUGGUUGUAGUUGGUGCUGCUGCCCCCUGCUGGAUGAUUCAGAGCAGGAACUGAAAGCCGGUGUUUGUCAGCAGCGUUCACGCCGACUCUUCGGAAACAUUCAGUUUACUGACGGGGGGGGCAGCAGGGUCGACCCACAAACUGUUCACUUCCUUCCUUCCUUCUCUAUAUUCUGACUGUGAUUCUGUCCUCGGUGGUAUUUAUUACUUAUUUGUGUAUUAUUACUUUGGAGAUUUCUACUGAAGCUUUGGUAGCUGUUGUGUUACAGAGGUUUGUAUUCACUGGCUGUUGUUCCACGAUAUGAUCAAAGUUUGUAAUGAAAUAAAGGUUAUUAUCCAGA